UCUGAUAUAACGAGGGAGACAGGGAGUGGGCAGCCUCUCCAUAACCCGGCUCUGGUGUGCUGCGUCUUCACUGCACCGCCUCCUGGAAAACAUGGCGUACGAAGGAACGAAUGGAGAUUUUCCAUAUUUACCUUCAGGGGCAGCAGAAGUGAACCGGAUGAUCAAGGAAAACAACGACUUAUUUACCGACUCCCAGUGUAAAGUGUGCAGUGCUGUCCUUAUUUCAGAGUCUCAGAAACUUGCCCAUUACCAGAGCAAGAAGCAUGCAAGCAAAGUUCGCAGAUACAUGACCAUCCACAAAGAUGAGGAGCCCAUUGCAAAAAGAUUUAAACCUUUAUCGGACGAGGCUACUACUGAUGUCAAUCAAGGGGACAAAUACAAAGCUUGCACUGUCUGCAACAUGACGUUUUCAUCAGCAGUGGUGGCAGAAUCUCACUACCAAGGAAAGGUGCAUGCCAAGAAUCUUAAAUUAAAAAACCUCGGCCCACAGACACCAGUUUUUGUUCAGCCUAAAGCUAAGGUAAAUAAGGGGGAUGUGCAGACGGCAGGAGGACCAGGACAGGACCCCAAUCGUUUCUGCUCCAUCUGCCAAGCUUCUUUCAACAACCCACUCAUGGCUCAGCAACACUACGAAGGCAAGAAGCAUAAGAAACAUUUGACUAAGCAGAAACUGAUGGAGACAUACGGGCCCUCCACUGCCCCAGCUUCUACACUAAAGGGCUACCCAUGCACUGUGUGCAAUAUUGAGCUCAAUUCAGUGGAACAGUACCAGGCCCAUAUCAGUGGCUCCAAACACAAGAACCAUGUUCGACCCAAGAAAACGGGCAACUCGUUUGUUAGCCCCUCAGAGAACCACCAGCCAGGGUACCAGUAUGGCUCUAGCCAAGACGAGCCAGUUCAGGAAGACUGGGGCAGCUUCAACCAGGACUAUGAGUAAGGAGACAGAUGCCCUCAGCUAUCGCUGCCCUCACCAUGUUUUUUGAUGAGCUGCUGCAGAGCUGUAGAGGCCACAGGCAAUGUCUCUUUGUACUGUGCACCCAAUAAUGCCAGCUUUUGCUCUUCACAGCUCCUCUUUGUAUUUGGUGUGUUUUCUCAGACAUAGAUGAGUGACUAACCUCCAUACUGUCUGUAUUCAUUCUCUUAGCUCUAAGCAGGUGAAGGAAGGAAAAAGUCAGUAAACAUGACCCAUCACCCACCCAUAUGGGGCAUUUCAAAAGAUUUUGCAUUUGUGUUCCGUUUAUGAGUUAAAUAUUAAUUUAAAAAAGAUAAACAUAAGAGUCUAUAUUGGGAGAAUGUUACAUAUGUCAUUUAAAAAACAAAAUAGUUUUUUUUUUAAAAACUUAUUUUACAGGUUAUUGCUGAAUUGUUUUGUCUCAAAGAAUGUUUCUCUUCUGAAAUGCCUGUAAACUGUUGCUGAUGUGUUGAGAGUAAUGGAGUAUGUUUUAGGAGGGAGAAAGAUGUCUCAUUUUAAGUGCAUAUUGUAGGAUGAAGAGUGCUUUAUUUCCUCAUCUUUUUGUAUUUCUCUUUUCAACAAGUCAUUUUAUUUAAUGUGAAGUUCUAACAGUUUUUUUUAUUUGACCAGUGGAGGGCGGUAGAUUACAUUUUUUCAUGUUUUGGCUUGUCUUUUAUGUUUUUGCUUUACUUUGACCUGUUUUAACAUUGUAUUUGCCUGGCUGUGUAGCCAUGUUGUCGCAACAAGCUGCUUACACUUCUGUGUUUUCUUCUGUUUUGUGCUUCAGAUUUAUGAUUGACUAAUUAUUUCUAUGAAGCAGCUUCAUUUUUGUUUAGUGAUGCUGACCUCUCAUUGUGCAAAUAAGAACAUUGUGUAAACUGA